CUCUAUUUUUGGAGGAGGAAUGUACACAGAGACCUCGUGGAAAGAGACCAUAACAACAAACAGUAUACGCAACACGCUCCUACAAAGAGACAGUCCCCCUUCAGAACAUUCAGUCACACACACAGCAUCAACACGAGAGAAACAAGGAAGAAAGGACAGGAAAUGUCAAGCCGUCAGAUUUUCUGCUCAGAUCUGGCUUUGAAUACAGAGAGGGACCAACAGAAAACAUAUAAAGAGAGAAGAAGGACAGAGAACUUCAUGGACUCUGUCUGCAGUAUGGACCAACCAGCAAUGAAGGUCUUCCACUUUAAAGACCAGGAGCAGUCGUCCAGCCUACUGCUGCAGCUGAACAGACUCAGGCAGGAGAACAUCCUGACUGAUGUGUGGCUGUGUUCAGAUCACACCGAGCUCCCCUGUCAUCGCAACGUCUUGGUCUCCAGCAGCCCCUACUUCAGAGCCAUGUUCUGCAACAACUUCUUAGAGAGACAGCAGACAAAGAUCAACAUAAAGGGCAUCACGUCAAACAUUCUGAGCAGCAUCGUCGACUAUGUUUACACAGGACUCAUUAGCAUUAGCUUUGAGAUUGUUUUGCCUGUGAUGCAGGCGGCAUCCAUGUUGCAAUAUGGCCGACUCUUUGAGGCCUGUUCAGUUUUCCUGCAGGAGCAGCUGAGCCCCGACAACUGCCUGAGCAUGAUAAGACUCUCCGAGAUCAUGAUCUGCAACAGUCUGAGAGACAAAGCCAAAGAGAUGGCCAUGGAGAGCUUCUCGGACGUGUCAGUGUCCGAGGAUCUGUGCGAGCUCUCCUUACCUGAGCUCAUGGGAUACCUGGAGGAUGACAGUCUUUGCGCUGAGGAGGAGCAGGUGUUUGAGACUCUUGUUGCCUGGAUCCACCACGAUCCUUUAUCAAGACGCGGCGCCAUCAGCGACCUUUUCAAGAAAGUUCGUCUUCGCCACAUCCAUCCCACCUACCUCUUCCAGUUCAUAGCUAACGACCCUCUGAUCCAGUCGUCCACCCUCUGCACCGAGCUCAUCGAAUCCGUAAGACGACUCAUGUUUGCCGUCAGCCCCAAAUGCAUCGAUACGGCGGUCGACCUCAAACCUCUAUGGGUGGCACCGAGGCGAUACUCCUAUCAUGACAUGUUGGUGGUUGUAGGUGGCAGGAAGAACAACGAGCAGACCUCCAGGGAAGCCCUCGUCUUCGAUGAGAGAAGCGAGAAGUGGCAGUGGCUCGCCAAGUUGCCUGUUCGUCUGUAUAAAGCGUCAUACGUCGCUCUCCACAGUGUGUUGUAUGUCAUUGGUGGCCUGAUCACAAACACAAAGUACAGCCAAGUCAGCACAACCGUUUACACACUCUCACUAAAGACCAAUCAGUGGAGGACAGCAGAGCCCAUGUUGGAGCCUCGCUUUGCCCACCAGAGUGUCUCCUACCUCCACUUCAUCUUCGUGUUGGGCGGCCUCGGCACUGACAUGCAACUGACAGGCAGCGUGGAGAGGUUCAACAGCAUGUUCAACCAAUGGGAGACGAUGGCGCCCAUGCCCGAGGCUGUGCUGCACCCUGCAGUGGCUGCAACUAACCAAAGGAUCUAUGUGUUUGGAGGGGAGGAUGCCAUGCAGAACCCUGUCAGGAUAAUACAAGUGUAUCACAUUGCCAGGAACAUAUGGUCAAAGAUGGAGAACAGAACAGUGAAGAAUGUGUCGGCUCCCGCUGCAGUUUUAGACGACAAAAUCUACAUCGUUGGAGGAUACACGAGGAGAAUGAUCGCAUACGACACCAAGGCUAACCGCUUCAUCAAGUGUGCCAACCUGAAGGAGAGAAGGAUGCACCACUCUGCCACCGUCCUCAACAACAAACUCUACGUCACCGGCGGACGUCACAUCAAUGGCCAUGAUGUCAUCGAGGACUUGGACAGUUUUGAAUGCUACGACCCAAAGACAGACACUUGGACAUCUAAAGGGACUCUGCCUUAUAAACUGUUUGACCACGGCUCUCUGACUCUGACGCACGUGUCACCGACGAGGGCAAAAUCCUAACUGCAGUGUAACUCAUACUAGAGUCCUAGUAUUUUCAACCACCUUUUUUUUUUAAACAGAAAAUUCUUUCAAAAGAGGUUCAUGUUGAGAAAAAUGUAGAAACAUGCAUACCAUAUCAUUAAUUUACCAAUUACACAAUCUCCCCUUUAGGAUUAAUAAAGUAUUUACACUCCUGAAUUAUACAUUAUGUAAAUGCUUUUUAAAAGUAACUUUCAAUAUGCCAUGUCUUUUAAAAAGUUUUCAGUCAAGACAAACCUAUAAAAAUUAAACCUAUCCAGCAGCCGCUUCUUAACCUGUCCAACUUCACUAAAGCUGACGGUGCUAUUUUGAGCCUCCUUUAAAUCAUGAGAUUUCACUUGUCAUGUCUAAAUCCUGCGGCUGUGUUCUGCGUGGUGAAGGUCUCAGCUGUAUGUCUGAACCUGCUGCUGCGUCUGUUCAACUCAUCUUGUGGGUCAAUUAUUGUGAUGGUAAUGUUAAGUUUUUUUGUGCAGUCAGAAUUUUAAUAUAACAUUCUCAGAAUUUGUUGACAUUUGACAUGGACAAUGUUUGGUUGGUAAUGUGUUUUUUAUAUAUUCCAUGACAACAUGCACAGUUUAUCAUGAUACUUCUGUGUGCUGAAAUGAUUAUCGACUUUGACGUUUGAUUCCUGAGCUUAAAGACUAGCCUCAAAUUGUGUUCCACGUUUUUAAAAAUGUUUCUCGUAUGAUUUUUUUUUUACUCUUUCUUCAAGUUUUUACUGCUAAUUUUACAUUGAAAAUCAUUAUAAUUGUUAUUAAUAAUAAAAAGUCCAUCCUUA